UUCGUAACAAAUAUAUAUGCCCCGACGGAUUACCGUGACCAGGACUCUUUCAUCCGUCGUUUUAGCAAACAACUCAUUUCGAAUACAGACACCUCAAAAGUUGUUAUUUCAGGAGAUUGGAAUAGUAGUCUUAACCCAAUCGAUAAGCGAGGUGGCCAGCCUUGGAGAGCUACAGACUAUAGAAAUUCUCUCAUGAAUCUCAUGGAAGAACUCAAUCUUAUUGAUAUUUAUCGACAAAUCCAUCCCACCACAAAAUCCUUCACGUACGAGUCAAAACCUUUAAAUUUAAAAUCAAGGAUCGAUUUUUUCCUUAUUUCUCGUCCUCUG